CCCCGGGGGACCCCGCGCACCCCGUCCGGAGGGUCCUAGAGUCCAGAGGAGGGGAAAGGCAGGAAACAGUAUGCCGCAGGGCCUGCGAGGGAAGCCCCUCUUGGCCUCAGUCACCUCCCCUUGAAAACGGGAGCGUUGAUAAGAGCUGCCCGUUUGUGUGGCGCGCUGAACGUGGGGACAGGUGCCUUCGUUCAUCCCACGCGGAGCGCGGCAACAGGUGAGAUCCAGAGAGGACAGGAAAAUGGCCACCCGGGAUGAAAAGGCCGUCUCCCGCAGGGCCAGAGUGGCUCCAGCCGAGAGGAUGAGCAAGUUCUUGAAGCACUUCACCGUCGUUGGGGACGAUUACCAUGCCUGGAACAUCAACUACAAGAAAUGGGAGAAUGAGGAGGACGAGGAGGAGGAGGAGGAGCAGCCACCGCCAACCCCUGCCUCUGGCGAGGAGGGCAGAGCUGCCGACCCGACUGCGGCCCCUGCCCCGGCACCCAGGCCCCCCCUAGACUUCAGGACUACAUUGAGGAAGCUGUUCAGCUCCCACAGGUUUCAGGUUAUCAUCAUUUGUCUGGUCAUCCUGGACGCCCUCCUGGUGCUCGCUGAGCUCAUUCUGGACCUGAAGAUCAUCAAGGCUGACGAGAACACCGUCAAGGUGUUCCACUGCAUGAGCAUUGCCAUCUUGACCUUCUUUAUGAUGGAGAUUUUCUUCAAAUUGUAUGUCUUCCGUUUGGAGUUCUUCUACCACAAGUUUGAAAUCCUGGACACCAUCGUGGUGGUGAUCUCCUUCAUCCUGGACGUCGUCCUUCUGUUCCAUAAGCACCAGUUUGAGGCUCUUGGCUUACUGAUUCUGCUCCGGCUGUGGCGGGUGGCCCGGAUCAUCAACGGAAUAAUUAUCUCCGUUAAGACACGUUCAGAACGGCAACUACUGAGGUUAAAACAGAUGAAUAUACAGUUGGCCGCCAAGAUCCAACACCUUGAGUUCAGCUGCUCUGAGAAGGAACAAGAAAUUGAAAGGCUUAACAAGCUAUUGAGACAGCACGGACUUCUUGGUGAGGUCAACUAGACGUGUGCCCGCUCCGCCCCAAAGAUAAGGCCCUGCUUCCACAGGCUUGUGUCUCUGAGAGAAGACAGCUGCGUCUCCUGGGGCCGUUUCGGGAGAGGUUUGGUUCAAUACCUUUGCCUCCCCUCCCCUCCGCUUGGAUUCUUGGGGGGAAGGGGGCGGGCAGCCUGAGAGAAAGGCUUGCCCUUCCUUUCUUGGUGUGACCAAGAGCUUCCCAUCUUCACAUCACCAUGUAUCAUAAACUAUAUUUUCUCAUGUUGAA